AUGGGAAUUGGACGCCGUACUCCAAUACCGCCUACGCAGAAUACCAGCUAUUCUCUACCUUCCAAGACCCUCACUCACGCGUAUAAAGGAACUACCGCUGCUCUUGAUUACGGAAUACCGCAUAACAAGAUGAAUGAAUAUACUAACGUCAAGUUCAUUGAUUCACGCGGUGCCGCAUUGGACGCCGUCAAGAACGCGCUCUUUGGAAGGAUGCGGAAGGCGAAAGAGAGGAUAUACUGGGGGUUUUCGCCAGACAUUGACGAGCGCGUCUCGUCUGUCAUUUCGUGGGUACAGGUUGUGAAUUAUUCUUUGGGCUCAUACGGACUUCAUAGAUUUCUUCAAAGUCAAGAAAGAGGUGCUCUGUUCGUUAAUGCGGAUUUCAGGUCUCCAAAAAAUCCUAACGAGCCGGCUUUUGACUGGUUGACGUUUGAUCAACUACAAAAAACCCGAGACAAGAUACUUCAAGAGUCUGUGGCCUUCUACGAUCCCGCUGUUCAGGUUAUUGUCUUCAUCUUUUUACCUUCCCCAUCCGGUAACAGUGUCGCAAUGUGGCGCCGAAAGAUCAAUGUUCCCAACAAUAUACGACUGAUGCUGCAGGCUGAGAUUAGCCUGGUAUUAACGGGCUUGAGGAAAGACAAGGAAUACCUUGUUCAUGUAGACGAGUGA